AUGUCAGUCAAGUUGUCAAAGAGGCUGAGCAGCAAAAAGAAAAGUAGGUUCUCAAGAUUUAUUUUCAUUUUCAUUUUAGUUUUAGGAGUUUUGGCAUCAUUGAAGGAACAAAGGAACUUUUGAACUUAUCUAAAAUUGCUGUGAAUAUAUAUUAUUUUAUCAAAAUUAAGCAAGACUGUCAAUUUUAAAAGCAGAAGCAGACUUUUUAGAGGUGAGUGACUUUUUAUAUUCGCUUAGUUCUGGCUUUGAGGCAGAGGAGUAUGUUUUGGCACCUUUAAAAACAUGCAUGUUUUUUGAAAUUAGGGGUAAAACAGAUGCAUCUAUUUCUUUCUGUUGUUGUUGUUGAUUUUUUCAAUUUUUGAGCAUUUUUUUUACUCAGUUGGUGAGAGAAAUAGAAUAAUACCUCUUUAUUUUCCUCCAGUUUUGAGCUCAUGUGAGACACUUUCAGUUUGUGUCAAUUUUGGUGUCCCCCGUGGACUUAGUAGUCUUUGCUUAUCUUCUCCUCUACAUGCUUGAGAAAUGUAUUUCAGGGGAAAAAAUCUCAUCCUGCUGACUGUAAUUAUUGGCUAUUUCUUCGGCUGCUUGGCUGAUAUCUACCCCCUCAUACCAAAUUCAAGCAUAAAAACUGGCAGUACACAGAUUGCCAAUUUCAUCCCUGGUGGCCUUGUUUGCCUUUGGAUAUCACAAAAGGCAUCAUGUUUGAGCCCUUAGAGGGGUUUUCAAAUGUGAUUAAAAAGGUACUUUAUUCUGUGAAUGUUUAACUAGUUUGAACUAAUUUGUGUAAAAACUGUUUUUAGUAAUAUCCUUGUAAAAUAAAGAGCUGUUAUAAGCUGGGACAGAAGGGUUUUUAAAAUAUUAAUUUAUUAAUUUUGAAAAGGGGCAGGAAAUAAAGGGAGUAAAGAGUGGACUAAGAUAAGCAGCGGAGGGUUGUGAGUGGGAGUGGAUUUAGCAACUGCUUUGAUGAGGACUAUAGUCUCUAUAUAUGGGGGCAUGCACUUAAACCUUGAGUCCUUGAUAUAUCUCUUUGUCUAUCUUUAUACGUGCUUUAUACUUUCCUAUAAUAACACAGCUUCAUAGCCCAUGUCAACAAUAACUGUGCUCUUCCUGGAAAUGUGCCCACAAUUACUGGAAAUUACAGCAAAGCAAAACAUAAGUGUUUGUGCAAACAUGAGACAUGUCAGCUGUUUUAGGUGUUAUGAGACAGGAGGUGCAGGUUUGGAGAAGCCCCAGGUGUAUGCUGUGAAUAUUACCCUCAACAAAACUGGCAGAAAACUCCACACAAAGAGAUAUGUACCUGUUAAAUGCCUGCUUGCCUACCACACACUGAUUUUGGAUACUUAAGGUACAUCGAGCAUGAGGCAAACCACAAGUGCUGUUUUUCAAGGGAGACAACAGGACAAUAUUAGCUCCAUUUUUAAGGAGUGAAGGGAGGGAAGUCCUGCAAAAGUUCACCUUUGAAUUUCCAAAUGCAUGCAACAAUUUUUCUGCUUCCUUUUGAAAUACAAUGUACCUAAUUUUGCAUUGAAUUGCAUGUCGGUGAGGAAGGGAAUUUCCUUAUCAAAGACAACCAAAUUUCUAACAUUGUGCUAUGAUCAGAGCUUUUUUAUUGGUUGCGUUUGGCUUCAUGAAUAGAACAGUUAUCACCUGCAUAAAAAAAAAUGGACAUGGGUGAAGUGUUUUCUUAAGACCUAAAGAAGGUAAAGGGUCAAUAUCUACAGGAUGAGCAAAGCACCGUGAAACUGACAAACUUUAGCGUGCAUAGAAGCUUCAUUGGUGACAUGUACAAUGUGAGAAUAAUCUGAUUAAUAGGAUUUAAACCAGCUUAAUGUGGUUCCUUUUAAUGACAACCAAGUCCCUGUAACAGGAUGCUACGGUCAAAUACCACACUGAGGUCUAACAGGACUAUUACAGAGAGAAGUCAUCUGUCUGAGGCAAUUAGAAGGUCGAAUGUCACUUUAACCAUGUACAGCUGUCUCUGUGUAAUGUAGUGUGCUCUAAAACACUGUCUAAGUAACACCAUUCAGGUACAGGUAUAAUUCAGAUAUCUCCACAGGUUAUGAAGAACACACUGAUACUACUUGAUGAUCUGAUGCAUAUAUCUUUCUGUUUUCUGCUUGAUAGUUUGAUCUACAGUUUGUUGAGGCCAAGUUUGCAUGAGCAUAAGCUUGAAAUUGGGAGAUAACAGUAUCAAACUUUCAUCUUACAAAUUGCCUUUGCCCAAUUAAUGUUGAUGAUGUUAUCCAGAUAUUCAUGGAAAACUCAAAAUGAAAAAAAAAAUGUAACUAUGGAUAAUUGUGACAAUAACAUAUUUAUUGUGAAAAGGAGCAAACACUUUGACUAUUUGACUAAUGCAGUGAGGCAGAUCUCAGAGGAAGUGAUAACAGGAAGUUUUGUUUGAUAUUUUUCAUUGCAGUGAUUGUUAUCUUGUAAGCGUGGUUGUCAAAGACAGCAGGAUAAGAUUAUCAUUAUUAUUUUUAAUAACUUCUUUCCCAAGUACAGGACAAGAUUUGUCCACUGGAGUUGCCAAAGUUGAUGCAUGAUAAAAGUCCCUGACAGGAGCUUUACAUUUACACAUCAUACCUCUAAAGAUGAAGAUAAAGGUUUUUUAAAAGUUGUUUUUAUCUUUAAUGAUAACUUUAUUUUCCUUUUUUCUUUUAUUUUUCGAACCAGAACCACUACAGGACAAUGCACAGACAGAAUUUCUCAGUAAACUUGGCCUGGAGGCCUUCCGGUCUAAACCACUGGACCUAGCAUCUAUGUUGGACAUCAGCACUUGGAAUCUAGAGACCCAAGCUCCUAUGGAGUCAAAGGACCUGCCAAAUGCCUUCCUCCAACGCCUUUGGCAGCUAAACCCUGAUGCCCGCAGUACUUGCUGCAAAAUCCCCCAUGAUACUCUGAGCAAUGGCGACAAAUCAUCUGAGGAGAUGACCAAUGGUUUUGGUGAAGAGAUCCAAUGUGACACCAACCCGCUUGAUUUAGUUUCAGCUGUUUAUAUGUCUUCCAACUCUUUCCUCCAGCAGGAGAUAACUGCGCACAUGAUGCAAUGCCAGUUUGCAGUGCCUCUGGUUCUUCCAAACAUCGAUCCAGAUGAACCCAGUCACUUCCUCCUGUGGCCUUUGAGGAGUGUUUGGAGCCAGUGGAGAUCUCACACUUCAGAUGCAAACAAGAUUGAGGCAGGGGAUUUAGCAAGCACAUACAUGACGAUGAUUUCCUGUGUGAAGCUUGGUCGAUGUGGUAUAUCCAAGUCACAGGUGCUAAACAAGGUUAUAGGUGGACUCGGUUCCCCUAGCGAAACAUUUCUCCAUAGAGAGAUGGAUGGAGGACAGCUGCCUAGAAGACUUUCAAAUGGCUUGGUAGAGAUUAGUUGGUGUCUUCCCACUGGAGACACUGCAAGGGACAUUUUUCCAGCCCCUGUGGUCAUCUCAAACCUACGCGGCGAUGGCAGUUCACAUGAGAAACACCUCAGCCUGCUUUGCCAAGCAUCAUCAGCUGUUGUUAUUUUUUGUGGGGAUCUUAGGGAGAAAGAUAAACAACUCCUUGAUUCCUGCAAACACAUGGCAAACAAGCUCAUACUGAUUGACCUUUCAGACACUGAGGAACAUGACAACAGGACUGUUGGGUUUGCUGAUCAGGAUGUUGGCAAAAACUUGGGGCUGCCUGAAGAAUCAGUCCUCCAAGGAAAUGUUUUGAGUGAAGAUGAAUUGCGUGGUAGACUAUCUGACACCCUGAAAGAUCUGUUACCAGACAAACUGAAACUUGUUACACUUGAGGAGGCAGCAAAGCUAGCAGAGGAACUGGGCCUGAAUGUGGAUGAAGGGGCAGUCUGUAAAAAGGCAAUGGCCAAAGCAGAGGAAGUUUUGAAAGGUUUAGAAGAAGGAUCGGUGAAAUUCAAGAAGGAACAGCUCCCUCUGCAGGGUGUUUUGUGGAGCAAACUAGCCAGAAUAGAAAAAGAGGAGAAAAAAUUGAAAAAAGUUGGUAGAGAACUCAACCCCCAGAUGCAAAUGGAUAAGAAAGACUACCUGGUGGCUCUGAGCACCUACAAAAUGACACCAGCAAUGAAGGUUUUCACAGAUGUGCUUUUUGGAGCCGACAAAGUGGAGAGGUCCUGUUUCCUCACUUCGAUGAAGCUGAAGCUUUCCCUGAUGCAAACAGAAAGACCAAAAGGUCCCAGAGAUUUACUCCCAAAACCAGAGAUAGAAAGGAACGAUGACCCACCUGAAAAUCCUGAUGAGCUUGAAAAUGGUGCCAAUGGCACACAGGUCGACAGUGACAGUGAUAGUUUCUGCACAGAUUCAACAUCUGAAGCCGGAGAAACUGACGGUCUACCCAUAGAUACUGAACCAGUUUCAUUUCAGCAGUCAGAACCAAGCCAGGACUUGGAGCAAGAGCCCACAGAGGAGACCACAGAACCACAGGUGCAACAGAACGAUGAACUUGAGUCCAAUCAUGAUCCAGUCAUACAUCAGGAGUUAUGUUUGAUAUCAAAAGAGAAAAGUCAAGAGAUUAAUGGAGAAAAUGAGAGUUCGGAAGAGCAAAUUUCAGAUACAGAAUCUCAGAACCAGAACUCUCAUUCAGAGCUCAAUGAAAAUGGAACCUCCAUCAGCCAAGAUAAUCAGGAAGAUGAGCCAGAGGUGACACUUGCAGAGCCAGAUUUAGCUUCUUCUGCCAAGCCCCAAGAUGUUCCUGUCGAACAUCAGGUAGUUGAAAGUCCACAGGCUGUUGAACUUGAUCCAUCUUGGUUGGGACUUGAGCACUUCAUGCGUGAGAUGGGCCUGAUUUUUGAGCUAACAAACAUCAGCCCUGGCAGUGGAAACCAAAACGUGUUACGUCUCCCUGGCUUAGCGACGGAUCUUCUUCUCUAUGGGAUUCCUCUUGAACUGAUGGAUGGAGACGCCUCAAACAUCCCAACCCGUUGGCUGGGCUGUGUCUUUGCAGAGCUAAAACGGCGCCUGCCUCAAGAUCGGUGCAGGACCCGGGUGAUGACGAAUCUUGGAGUGCAUCGUGCCAAGAAUGCAGAGGUCCUUUCUGCACUAUUUGGGGUAAAAUUUCCUGAAGGGAGGAAAAGAUCCACCAGAGGUUUGUACAUGGCUGCCUUGUGCCUCCCUGAGUACCUUAGAGAGGACAUGGAGUGUGAUUUCCUGUUGCUGAUUGAUGCAGAAGGUCUCUGCUCAAAGCCACAACCCAACAAAAGAACACUGAUCCACGACAAUGAAAUAUCUACCGUUGCAACGGGGUUGAGUGAUGUUUUAUUGCACAACAUUUCUUCAAAUGGCAGUAUUGAGGUUGAAACGAACUUAUCAGUGAUAGUCAAUGCUCUCCUACGCAUUAAAGAAUCAGCCUCCAUCCCCAUUUGCCAGAUCCUGGCUCAGGAUGAAGGAAUAAACAGUUCAUUACAAGCACUGCAACUACUGCGUAUUUCAGAGAUACUCCAAACUGAGACUGAGGAACAAGAAACCAACGAUACCGAUCCCCAAUAUGCAAAGACCCCAAUCAGUAUCACCUGUGUCAAGGGGCCUUGGUACAAUGUGUGUCUGUCUGAGCCAGUUGAUGCACAUUACAGUGAGGCUUUGUUAAAACUUAAGCAGAACCUACUUGGGGCAUUGAAGAACUGUGCAAGAAAGUCCGAAGCCACGGGACUAUCUGAGUUUUUUUGUCGUUUGUGUGCCGUUUGGGAUGCAGUGAAAGAAGAAUCAUUCUCUGUUGGUCUGCAAAACACUGACAUAGCUUCGGCAUUAUCCUUAUUGUGCACAGAGCUUUCUCAGUGGAAGGACACUUGUCAGGAGCACAUGGAAAACUGGCUCUUGGAGGCAACAAAGAAAAUCUUUGCCAUGAAGGCAAAGGCGCUGGAUGCUGAAGUACAAAAUGACCUUCUAAGUCAGUUAAAAGAUGAAUCUAAAGAAGAAGUUAAAGCUGAGGUUGACAAAAUCAGGUCCAAAAUAGAUUCCCAUUUGGAGAAGGAUGAUGUUCUCAAAAUGUAUGCAUGCAGGCCAAUCCUAAUGCAAAAUCUGGAUGAACUCCAGGAGCAGGAGACUGACAAGUUCGCUCACAGGUUAGAGGAAGUAACAGAAAGCCACUGCUCCUCAACACAGCUGCAAAAGAUUGAGACCUUAUUGGAAAAAGAACAGGAAUCCAAGCAGAGUGCACUGUUGGAGAACAGCAGGUUGACAAAUGUCCUCCUUGAAGACACAGAGCUAGAAGAAGAAUUUGAAAGUGUGUGGAAAAAGACGGUGUCCGACUUUGACUUCAGGCCGUCAGAAACCGAUGAUAUUACAUCCAGAGUGACUGAUAUUCUGAGAGAAAACCUUAUCAGCCGUGGCCUCCAGAAACACAUCAAAAAACUGGAGGACAUAAGUCAAAAUCCAACACCUACCUUCAUGGUUUAUGAUGAGCACUUCGGAUACCGCAGCAGAUUGAAGCACAUGUUUGAAGAUAACAACAGGCUACAAAGGUUAGAGGCUCAAAACGUAGCAAGCAAUAUCAUCGAAGAUUACAAUCAGUUUGUAGCAGCAAAAUCGAGCUUAACAGCAGAUUUCUCUGACAGCUAUAUCACAGAACUGUUGGAUAACGUUGAGAAAGCUUUGAAGGAGAAAUCCAUGGAAAUCAGAUCAGCUUUUGAAGUGGAUCUGAAAGUGUAUCUCUGCAGCUGUGCAUGCCGAGACUUCCAGCAACUACAUGACCGCUACGCAAAGGACACAGAGCUUUUAAUGUGCAUCACCGCAAACAAGAGUCGGUACUUGGCACAGUUUAUCUACCGGUUCAGGAAGAGAGACCAGUGCCAGAGAAUGGCUAAAGCAUUCACCUCCAUGGUCCUCAAACCCACAGUCUUAGAUUACAUUUACAAACCACUGGGGAUGCAUAUUGUUGAGGAAAUCAGAAGUAAUGAUCCACAGUAUCAUUCCCCACAUGCCUUCCACCAAAGCCUGCUGGAAGAGCUACUUCAGGAGGACCGCUUUGAAGGUUUCCUGGAGUAUUUGCAGUCCUUUGAUGAUUUCAGACGGAAAAAGAUCCAGAAGACAGUGCUGGAUAAUCUCUCUGAAUCGAGCAGUGUGAAUAAAUGGAGGCAGCGGAGACUUGGUGAAAUAGUAGGAAAGAUUGCGGCAGCAGUGAGUCAAACUCUGGAGGGCACCUGCGGCAUCCUUAGCAAUACAAAGAUGCUGCUGGAGAGAGUGUGCCUCACUUUGGAGAAAGACGGAGAUGUGGAAGUCACCAGGGGACCUCUUGAGGGACCUCUCUUCAGUAUCACCACAGAAUGGGAUCGUUUCGUCAAAUGUCUAAUGGAGUUACUGGCUGCGAUGCGCUUGGAUCUGGCCCAGGAGUUCUCUCAAGAUGUGGACGUUAACCAGUUUCUCAAGUGCCUUCCAGUCCAGCCUCAAGACUCCCUCUUCAACAGAGUGAGAGGCUGUGAAAAGCAGAGUCCCUGCUGCAGAGCCCCCUGUGCGCAAACAGAAAUAGAGCAUAGAGUUCACAAAGCUCUGCUCCACUGGCCUAAGGGCAUUAUUCCCAAUAACUCCAGUUCUCUGUCCUGCGUUACUUGCCCUGAAAGCAUGGAAGAGGAAAAGUCAGGUGAAAGCAAAGAAGAGCAAGCAAAGAGAGGCCAGACGCCCUGUGCCUACUGGAGGUAUUGUUUUAUCCAUAACAGACCAUGUUUUUUUUUGCAUGCAAGUAUUUCUGAAGUGAGCUUAAUUUAUAUAUCUUUACAGGUAUGUGUUGGCGAGGUUCAAUGAGAGAUUUGCACAAGAGUAUGAGCAGGAGCAGCAAAAGAUCCCAGAGGAGUGGAGACUGAUCACUCAGGAGGAGGCGCUGGAAAGUCUGAGAGAGGCCUUCCUCACUGCACGGUGCUGACAUUCAUUCUCUUCUACGGUACAGGCUGCCUUUAUCAUAAUUCAUGCCCAAGAUGAAAGUUUUUAUCGAUUAAAAAAGUCUAAAAAUUUUCAAGGACACUCAUGUUGAUUUGUGUUUCCUCUGCUUCAUAGAUGAGAAACAAGAAAAAUUUGAAAGGUCAUGUUUUGUUUAUACCGGUCGACUCAGUGAGACUGCUUCAGUUUGGACCAUUUUUUAAACCAGCCCAGGUCAAAGCUGGUCUGGGAGGAAACACAAACAUGAAUAUUGUCAACAGAAGUGAAAUUGUAAGCUGAAGAAACAGUUUUAAUAUGCAUGAAGUGACUUGUAAAGGUGCGAAAAAUAAGGCUAUUCUUUUUGUUGCCACAAUAACUUUGUAGGUGUUUUUGGUACAUUGUGCCAUACCAAUAAGAAAUGCAUUGUAUUGCAGAUACUAUGCUUUUGUGUCAAGUUGUUAUUCAUCCCUUUUUUUCUGUAAAUUACAUUGUUUGUUAUUCAUUACUUUUUCACAUUUGAGACUCAGUGUAACAUCCUUCAGAAAUUCAAAAUUGUCUGAAAGGCUCCAGGCCCUCCUGGAGGCUCUCUCUGACUCACUAAAAGUUAC